UGACUUGGGAGAUAUUUCCGUCGCGCACGGACCCAUGUUGUCUGUUAUCCUUCCCAGGUUCUACUUGACUAGACCUAUUACAACAAUGUCAUCCAACCGCCCAGCCUUGACAGUCGAACAGAUCGCCCUUCAAGAGGCACGUAAACUCAAAAAAGCCAAGCAAACAUUGGCCCAGGUCUCGGAAAAUCCAAUGGCGAAAAUCCUGAAACGAGAAUGGUAUCGAAUAGACAGUCCAUCGACGGCACAUCAUCAAUCUGUUAAAGUUUUGACUUGGAAUCUACUUGCCCAAUGCCUCGUUCGGCGUGAAUUGUUUCCCACCAGCGAUUGCCUCAAGGCCGGUCAACGAGAGCAUAUGAUCUAUAAGGAAGUGGUGGCGUGUAAAGCGGAUAUUCUAUGCCUUCAAGAAGUGGAUCGUCUAGAGAAAUUACUUCCGAUACUUGAGAAGGCCGGUUAUUCUCAUCGCUAUGCUUGCGGACCAGGAAAGAAACACGGCUGUCUGAUUGCUUACAAUCGGGACCUAUACGAAGAUGUCGGCGAACAUACAAUCUAUUACGACGAACAAGAGAUCAGAUCCGGUGACGAGGAGUUUUUUAGAAGAGGCUCCAGCUUUCGUACCAAGAAUAUCGGACAUCUCGUCUCGCUGAAGAGUACACAAGGUGAUGUUGGCUUAAUUGUAGCAACCACCCAUCUCUUCUGGCAUCCAAAGUACACAUACGAGAGAGCCAGACAAGCUGGUAUCCUCAAGCGAGAAGUCAUCAAAUUCAGAGACAGUGAAAAUCACUCGGAUUGGCCAUGCAUCAUCGCCGGCGACUUCAACUUCACUCCCGAUGACCCGGCAUAUUCGCUCGCCGUAGGCGAUCAACUCCUCCCUGCACAAUUAGAGCAGCUUAAAGCUUCUUACGUUGUUCAUGCAUCGAUAGAUCAAUCGCUUGCGAUUGGUAUACCCCAAAACGAAGACGAAAACGAAGAAACUACAGACAGUGACAGGGUAAUAGUCAACGCACGUCCUGCCAAAUCAUCAGAUGGACUCCUUACUUCGGAAGAGUUGGUGACCCUUUUCACUGAGACCGGCCCACCUCUGAGGAGCAUGUGUGACGUGGGUCUACGACUCUACAAGGAAUCUCUUCCCCAACCUCCCGAAAACGCAGCAAGAAUCACGACGUUUGGUGAUCGAGUACCAUUGGAAGCUCAUCGCAAGGGUGCUCAUGAGCCACAAUGGACAAGCUAUACCUAUUACUGGCAAAAUUCCAUUGACUACGUGUUUGUUGCAGAUCCUUCAGGUGUUCAGUCUACCGCUGUUGCUCUCUUGUCUCCUCCGAAUACUAGCGACUUGGAACCGGGAAUUCCCCGCCAGGGAGUGAGUGGAAGUGACCACGUUUCUCUCUGUACGGAAAUAGUUUUCGUCCGGCGUUAAGGAAAUUGGACUUGAAUAUUGAAGAAGACACAGACGGAUAAAGAAGGAACCGCACGACACUAUACCUCGCCUUACCUGCUGAGACCCUCCACGCGUUGCCACCCUAGGUGGACUCGACAUAUGCGCCAGUCACCCACAUAGACGGGAUACCCAACGAGAUUUUAGAGCGAAGUACACGCUACAUAUGUAUGUUGACCCUCAUGCAUGACGGACUCGUUCACUUUUGAUUGUCACUGUACUCGCGGCACCUUGUACGUACCUUUAUUGGUUUCGAACGGCAUUUUUAACUAUCGUAAUCAUUGUAUCGUCUUUCAUGUCCUACGAAUGCAAAAAUUACUUUCUACACGUGGGAAGAGAUAAGGCGGUUUAUCAAUAACCAUCAUCAAAACUACCUAUUCCAUGAGGAGCGACACGCUAUUAAGAUACUCAGUAAAAUGAAAGGUCUAGUGUCAGGGGUAUGUGUGAAUCAUGGUAAUCAAGGGACAGUAGUGUCGAGGGCACAAUAACAGAAAAUCGAAUGUCCGUGUUCCUUCGCUCAGAAGAGUGAAUCCAAACAAGCAAAACCCCCAAUGAAAACAAAUUCAUCUCAGGCCCGACCUAUCCGAGCCCUCCAAAAGACUGUCAAAAAGCCCUCCUGCGAACUCGUCACUCCUCAACUGGAGCAUGUACACGAUACCCGUCCGGGCACCUUUGUCGCUGAGUUCAACCGCAACUCCUGUCUUUCCCACACGCUCGACUCCAUCCGUUAAAACGAUUGUCGAAAUCAAAACUGUGUGAUCCUUACUAUCCGCUUCUACCACCAACUGCUUAAUGUUCGUUGGAGACUGAGUAUAAAGCUUCAAUCUGGCAGAUCCCAGCGAUUUCCACUGCUGAUGUUGCUGCUUCAAGAAUACUUUGCACUUCAUGUUGGCAGAAAUAGUCAGUGUCGUGGGCCCCGAGAACUUAGGAGUCUCCUCGACUGGCGAACUUGGGGGACUCGGAUCAGCAAACGACUGAGCGUUCGAUACCGCCCGCUUGAAUUGGGAGGACGGAAGAGUGGGUCGAGAGAUGGGGUGAAGCCCAUCAUUCAUGCCAGGUCUAAUGGGGGUCCCAGGGUCAUGAUACGGCGGAUAUGUACCUGGUGGCAUGUUAGGCAUCGGGGGUGCGGACCUUGGUGGACCUUGUUGAUAGGCGGCAUUGAGGGAUCGUGUUGAGAGGGACUUAUGUAUGACAUCAGAGGAAGGCUCGGAUGGAGGACGCGGAGGAAUCGGCGGUAGAGAAUUUUCUCCCAUAGGACCGUAUGGUCUAUGCAUAGGCCUAGGAGCAAACAUUUGUUGUUGACCUGGAGGGUACAUGGGUGUCUGAUUAGGAUUUGGGCGGUUCAGUGCGGAUUGUUGUGGUGAGAAAGGGGGAGACGGGCCACCCAUUCGUGGUAUCGGAGGACCAGGAGCGGGGCCACCUUGUCCCACGCUAGCCGUUCGAGGAGGUCCAAGUACUUGCCCUGAGCCAACGGAAGGGGGAGGAGAACCAGGCCCAUGAGUGAAGCUCCUCGGAUUUCGGAAGACUUGACUAGGACCAAGAGAGGGAGGAGGUGAACCUGGUGCAUGAGUCAUGCUGGGGUUCCGAAAAACUUGCCCAGGACCAAUGGAAAGGGGAGGUGAUGCGACGGGAGGGAAUGGCCCAGGUCCUUGAGGUGACAUCCGGGGGCCUAUUGGUGGAGGCAUUGCCAUGUUGGCGAAUUGUCCGGUAACAGAGUCCACCCCACUUGAUGAUCUAGGUGAUGGUCCCAUCUCAGGAGUUUUAGAUGAACUAUGUGAACCUCUGUAACCGUUGAGAGUGGGUGGCGAAGAUGUCCUCACGCUUGAGCUGAAAUGACUCGAGUCACUACUGCGGGCUGAGGAAGGUGAUGCUUGGAAGAAGGAAGGAGAGGAUGGAUGGGGAAGGGAGGUUGAGGCAGAGAGUCCGGGUAAAGGAGGCACCGGAGG